UGUCCCUGCCUCUCACACAGCCUGGCAGUGGUCGGCCCAUAGAGCAGACAGACAGCAGAGCUUGCCGUGUGGAGAGAGGGAAACAGAGACAGGUAUCUCAGUCCGGGCAUGAGAAGAUGGAGCUCUCGGCGACGGGAGAUCGCGUUUUCGCCGCGGAAGCGAUACUGAAGCGCCGCGUCCGCAAGGGAAGACUUGAAUACUUGGUAAAAUGGAAAGGAUGGGCAAUGAAGCACAGCACUUGGGAGCCAGAGGAGAAUAUUCUGGAUGACAGGCUGAUCCUGGGCUUUGAGCGAAAGGAACGGGAAAGGGAAAUGCACGGGCCGAAGAAACGGGGGCCAAAACCCAAAAACUUUGUCAUGAAGGCUCGUACUACAGGAGGGACCAGUAGCCGAGCCUCAAACGCCCGCCAGGCUACGUCGCGCUCCUCUUCCUCCACUUCCGGGCAAGCGACUCCUUCCUCCUCCGCCUCACCUCAUUUGGCGUCUUCGUCGUCCUCUUCCUCAACUGUGGCACCUUCUCCCAAACUCAACUCCCUCGCAGCCACCCACAAGCUGAAGAAAGACAUUCACCGUUGCCACAGGAUGUCCAGGCGUCCUCUGCCCCGCUCCGACCCCAUGGCAACCUCUUUCUCUAACCCCAGUGGCUUCCCCUCCCGCAUGCAAGUCUCCCCCUUCUCCGAGACCGUCCGCAUCCUCAACCGCAGAGUCAAACCCCGGGAGAUCAAGAGAGGUCGCAUCAUCCUCAACCUGAAGGUCAUCAACAAGCCAGGUAGGGGCGGCACAGGAGGCGGCAGGAAUAUCACAACAGGACGGCAAAACAUCCCUUCCCGCAAUCGCAUCAUAGGGAAGAAGGGAGAGGCACCCUAUAGACCUUUCCAGCCCCCUCUGAAGAUGCUGGGGUUCCCGAUGUACGGGAAGCCAUUUGGGCUGCAGUGUGGCGGCCCUUUGUCCUUUCACUCCCACCCAGGCUCCAGCACAGGGGCCAGGGAUGCCCACUCUACUUCCUCCCAAUACCAGUCACCUCCUUCUCCUUCCAGCCCCAGCGGCUCUGAAGGAAAAUAUCGCACCAAUGCCUCAGCUGCUCAGUCCCAGCCUGCCAAAGGAGCCUCACCUUCCAGCAAGGGCCCCAAGUCCAGUAAACCUCACACAGAGACCCAGAAGGGCCAGAGUGCCAGGCUAGCUGCUACUGGCCCAUCCUCAGAUGCAGACCCAGCGGCGUCAGCAUCUCCUUUCCUCCCCUCCUCACCAUCAUCUUCCCUGGGAGAUGAGGACGAGGACGGCGGCCCGGACCAUUCAACGACUCCAGAAGGAGGCAGGAAAAGUCCUCGCCAACGCAGGGCUAAACGCCUGCCGCCCGCCACCCCUGCUUCUGUCGCCCCUGAGGACCAGAGCUCUCCCCUCGCCGAACCCAAAAGGGUGCCUGCAGAGGGAGACCCUGACUGGCAUCCCGAAAUGGCACCAAGCUGCAAGGAUGUGGUGGUCACUGACGUCACCACCAACCUCGUCACUGUCACCAUAAAAGAGUUCCCAUCCCCGGCCUCCUGCCCCGCUUCACCCUCCGCUAGCCCUGAAAAUGCUUCCUCCCCACCCCCCAGCACCACCUCCGACGACCCCUCUCCACCCAAGCCAUCCCGGUCCUCUCCUGCAUCUAUCUCGGCAGUAAUAAUGAAGUUCGUGGUGGUGCUUGUGGGAGCGGGCACCCUGGCCUUCCUCGGCGCGGUCAUCUGCAUCAUCGCCAGUGUUUAUCCCCGGAAACGCGCCGCGCCUCUCAGCGACAACGGCACCCUGACAUCGGAGGCUCUGCUGGAGCCGCUGGAGCCCGGAUCCGUGGCACACGCCGGAUCGCUGGGCGCUCUGCACGGCGCCGAGUCCUACGACGGAGAGAACGGGAUCGGAGGCGGCGGCAUCGGCCUGGAGAUGCCCACUCUGAACGAGCUCAACCUCGGGGAGGAGACCGGCGGCGGGUCGGCGAAACAGUUCAGCUUCAGCCGGUUGAUCUGUACACCUGUACCGGUCGGAGAGUGCAAGACCAAAGAUCUGAGGCAGCGGCGGGGGGAGCAGCAGCAAGAGCAGCAGGCGGAUGAGCCGGUCUACGGGACCGGGGAUGAAGACUGGACUUAUCUGCGGACCACCGCGGAGGAGCUCCGUCAGAUGGUCCUGCAGCAGAACGACCAGAUCCUCAUGGACCAGAGGACCAUCCGGGAGCUCACAGGGAAGCUGAGCGAGUGUGAGAGUGGCCUGGAGGACGAGAGGAACGUCCCGGAGCGGAGCAUCGGGGUCUGGAGCGGCAACCGCCGCGUCAUGGCCGGGGAUGAUGUGACCUCUUCGGCCGCGGCGCAGCUGCAGACGGCGCGGGCAGUGGAGGAGCUGGCCAGGGCCAUCAUGGACCUGAAGGACCGCAUUGAGAAACUCGAGGCGGAGAUAGGCCCUGCUGCCUUGAACCUCACCGACGCGUCUGUAGGUACAAGCAGCAGCGGCAGCAGCAGCAGCAGCAGCAGCAGCAGCAGUGGCAGCAGCAGACCUGCUGGUAACACUGGCAAGGCUCCCGCUACACCCACCGGCAGUGCUUCCUCCCCACCUGCGGCUGCUCCCCCAGGGGGUCGCCGUCCUGCCUCCCCCGCUUCCCCUGUCCCCAAACCUCCAUCUAAGGGCUCCCCCGGGCGUGGAAAGGGCACCUGGAGGGUGGAGGAUCUGGAGGGGGAGCUGGAGAGGAAGAUAAAGCUGCUGGAGAAGGAGCGCCAGGCCAUGAGGAAGGAGACGCAGGGCCAACACGAGAAGAUCAACCAGGGGAUCGACACCGCCAACCACCGUGUCACUGAGCUGGAACACACGCUGACAGAGCCGUCGUUCCCUGAUGGCUUUGUCCUCUCCUUCCCCAUGCGAACCAACUACAUGUACGGCCUGGUGAGGAAAGAGAUCACAGAGAUGUAUGCCUUCACUGCCUGUGUGUGGCUGAAGGCUAAAGAAGGUGGCAUCGGGACCCCCUUCUCCUACUCAGUCCCUGGACAGCCUAACGAGCUGGUGCUGCUACAGGGAGUCCACAACCCCGUGGAGCUGCUCAUCAAUGACAAGGUGGCGCAGCUGCCUCUGUCCCUACCACAGGAUGAGUGGCAGCACAUCUGUGUCAGCUGGACCCUGAGGGACGGGGUGUGGAAGGCCUACCAGGGGGGGAAGAUGAAGGGGAGGGGAGAGGGACUGGCUGCCUGGCACCCCAUCAAACCAGGAGGAGUCCUCAUAUUGGGACAGGAACAGGAUACAUUGGGCGGGCAUUUUGAUGCCUCCCAGGCGCUGGUCGGGGAGCUUUCCCAGUUCAACCUUUGGGACCGGGUGUUGAAGCCAGCAGAGGUUGCCGCCUUGGCUGAAUGCAGCUCCUCAGCGCUGGGCAACAUCGCCCCUUGGACCGACCACGACGUAGACGUGUACGGCGGUGCCACCAAGGAGUCCCUGGACCCGUGCCACGCUGCCCAGAGAACCAGCCCCUCCAGCCCCAAACAGUGAGGGGUGACUGGGAGAGGUCAGCCAAGGGUGGCCGUGUUUGAUAGGUCGAUUUAGAAGACAACGAUGUAUAACAAUGUAUCACAUUGGGGUUAACAGUAUAUUUGUUGGGGAUGGGAAGCUUGCUGGUGGACAGUAAUAUGUGAUGGACGGAUUAAGAGUGGUGUAUCUGUUUUGUUUUUAAGUGUUGGUGUCCACGCUCAUGUGUUUACUUCUGCAGUGAGAUACAGUUAGUUAAGUCACAGAAUCACCUUAGUGAAGGCUGCAUGGGUGGAUCAACUUCUGGCAUGAACCGGACUCUUAUGGAGGUAUUCCAUAGUGGAUUAAUUAUUGGCUCGGGUUGGAUGCACCACCCUCUGUUGUUGGUAAUAAUCUGUUGGGCCAGUUAACCAUGCAUGGUUAUUCAGGCAGAGGGCUUUGAUGGGUGUGAAUACACUUAAUGAUGCCAUAUUUAAGGUUUCUUAAUUCUACAACAAAGUGACACUCAUCUUGUGUCCAGUUGAUUGUGUUUAAUGCUUAAACUGAAUUCUGAGAUGCUAUCAUGCUUAUAUUGAUUUCAACACUCAAUGGGGAAGUUCAAAGAUUAGUUCAUUUUUAACUGUAUAUGAUCCUGUUGAGUAAAGUCUGUGUACUGUUGAGUUUUCUACGUUGCAUACCAUCAUUUUGGUAAAACAGUGGUCUUAUAAAUGUAUAUUGUGCAAUGUAUCUCUGCUAAUGUUGCUCUGUGCCAGUCCUCUUCCCCCUGCUGUAGCUUCUCACACCUCACAGUGCUGCAGAGUUAGGUUGCAGCAUUUUUGUUUGCAGCUUAGACAAAGCAGCGCUCUCGAGAAAGAAACACUUGAUGUCUAUCUCAGCACCGAACAGACACGUAAAUUAUGACAAACCUGAGUGAGUUUGUUAAAACUGUGUUGUACCCUUGAAUGUAAACCAGAUGGAAUGUAAGUGUAUUCGCAUGAACAAAGUCACAUUUUCUGUCACUAAAGUAACAAACUCAAAAUGUGUAAUUUACAGUGUUAGUGUCCCUGAACUGCCCCACACUCUGAAGCACAUAAUGUCUUUUUGGGUAAAGCAGAUCCUCACAGAAAGGAGGGAGAUGAAGUAGAUUUAUUCUAUGGUGUUCAUUUUGUAUUUCUUUUCUUUUAUUAUCUGACUCUGGUGAGAAGAUCAUUAUAAAAAGUAGUUUUACUCUCAUUCUCUUAGCAAAUUAAAGAACAAGUAUGCUGAAAUGAGAAAAAAAAUGCAUUUAAAUUGCAGCAUUAACUUCUGCAAGCUUGGUGCGUUUUUAUACCCUGUUAAAAAAAUGUGUGUGGACAAAACUGCCUACAGUUUUUAGUUACUUAGUUAAGUUACUACAAAUACCUACUGCACAAGGGAUUGGAGAUAGUAAAAGGAAAUAUGUGACUUAGUUAGCACAAAAAGGAGUGCCAUUUUGCGCUCUGAAGGAAGGAAGAAUGUGGUGGUAAAGUAGUAAGUACUAUCAAUAUAGCAGUCAUUUAGGAUUAUUGGCCGUUACCUUGAACGAUAGACUUUCCUCUGAUCUCCAUGUUAUUUUGAUUUUCAGGUACAUAUUAUCUACAGCAAAGUCGGUUAUAUUGGACAUUUCAAAGUUAUAAUCUUGAAACUAUUAAUUCAAGUAAACGUAGAACAAACUGGGUGUCUGUGGUGAUAUUCCCAGGGUAAAAUCACACGCAGCACAAAAUCAGUGACCGUUUUCCUGUCACCCAGUCAGAGCUAACGUAACAGACUCUUCAGUUCACUUGUGUGUAAAGUGGUGCAACUUAUCGCCAUAGGUGCCGCCAAAGAGAACAAAAUUGUUUUUACAAGAUCGUAUUUGCAGUCAUAUGAGCACCAGGUGCUAUCUUAGAAAACAUUUCAAAGUGAAGCGUCUCAUAAAGACAAGACACCCAUUGAAACGAAUUACAAAAGAUGUCUAGACGCCUGAUGAAAGCCAAAGUAAAAAGGGUCAAAUCAAAGACAACGGUCUACUGACUCUACUUUCAACCACAAGCCAGAGCACUAUGUACUAGUUAGCUACUGAAUAAAAAAUAUAUUAAAUUGAAUUGUGAUGUUCUGUCCGUCAGAAUCUUAGAUGAGUUUGCGUCUUUGAUUUUAAAUAACAAGAACAUUUGGAUGAGUUUCAUCUCUUGAUCUGAGUUCAAUUCAAGUUCAAAAUGGACAUCAUAGGAAUAAUAUUUGGAGAAAUAUGUAUGAGGGUUUGAUUUCUAACCACAUGUAACCAGUCAACACUGUGCAGUAAAGUGAACUGUAGUCCAAAUACAAAUUCACUUAUUACCUCAAGACAUCAGCCCCACAUGCAAUUUGUCACCCAGUUGUAAAGUGCCUGCCUGGGCUCUCAUGCCCGAAAUAAUGUGAUGUUUUUAUGUUUUCUUCUUCUUUGUCUCUUUCUUCCUCUCCCUCUCUCUCUGUCACUCUCUCACUCUCUCUCUCUCUGUCUUGCUUUUGGUUGUUGAAGGCUGUGACAGUGUUGCGCUUGUCCUUAUUUGCAUCUUCAUGGAUCUUCUAUAAUAUUGUGAAAUAGGUGGAUUAAAAAAAAUCUAAAAAUAAAAUGGUUAUGACAACA